UAUCUGCUGAGUAAUUUGUACCCAGUGGCUUCCCUUUGAUUCCUGCACUUUGAAAUGCAAACCUGCCUUUCAAUGCAAAUGCUCCGGGAGCUUGGCCCAAUAAAAAGCCUUUCCUCAGGGAGGUGCCUUUGCAAAGUGGGGAAGUGAAGGGAGGAAAAGAAAAAAAACCAAACCACACCACUGACCAAGAAGUUCAGGUGAGCAGCUAAUCAGGAAGAAGCUGCGAGUGAUCGGCAAGGGCAGGCCUGGGAAGAGGCGGCUGUGGCACAGGGCGCACACAUUAUGCGCGCAGGGCCACUUGGGGAUGAUGUAUGUGGGAUACCUGUUGGAUAAGGACGCCACCAACAUGUACCCCAACCCGGUCAGGCACCCCAGCCUGAACCUCAGCCCUCAGAAUUACGUGCCGGUGCCCCCUCAGUACUCGGAGUUUGCCAGCUACCACCACGUGCCAGGGAUUAACAGCGAUCCUCACCAUGGGCAACCCGCGGGCGCCUGGGGCUCUCCCUACACCCCCACCAAAGAGGACUGGCACUCCUAUGGGGCAGGAGCCCCUUCUUCUGUCGCCAACCCGGGGCAGCUCGGAUACAGCCCCCCUGAUUUCAAUCCAAUUCAGCCACCGGGCUCUGGACUGCUGCCUCCGCCUAUGAGCAGCUCGCUGCCCCAGCUCUCGCCAAAUGCGCAAAGGCGCACGCCUUAUGAGUGGAUGAGGCGCCCCGUCCCCACCAACAGCGGCAACGGGAAGACCAGAACGAAAGACAAGUAUCGUGUUGUCUACACAGACCACCAGCGCUUGGAACUAGAGAAGGAAUUCCACUACAGCCACUACAUCACCAUCCGGCGGAAAGCAGAACUGGCAGCAACGCUGGGACUCACUGAGCGGCAGGUGAAAAUCUGGUUCCAGAACCGCAGAGCAAAGGAGAGGAAGGUGAACAAGAAGAAGAUGCAGCAGCAGACCCAGCCUGCCAGCACAACCACACCGACUCCUCCAGCAGUUGGCACCCCUGGUCCCAUUGGAGGCAUCUGCAGCAGCACUACCAACCUGGUUUCCUCAUCACCAAUGACUAUCAAGGAAGAAUUUAUGCCUUAAACCCAGCCCUUCCAGUUGAACUGCAUAUAAACCAAAACAGCAAUACAGUGGUACCUCUAGUUAAGAACUUAAUUCGUUCUGGAGGUCCGUUCUUAACCUGAAACUGUUCUUAACCUGAGGUACCACUUUAGCUAAUGGGGCUUCCCGCUGCCGCCGUGCGAUUUCUGUUCUCAUCC